AUGAGAUCUUUACAGUUAAAUCCUAGCUCUUUCCGAUUCCAUCAUCCGAAUCCCUUUCGAUCUCCAAAAUCUGUCACUCUCCUUUCGAUUUCACGUCUUCGCGUCGAAUCUGGAUCUCACUCUUCUCUCAAGUUGAGUGCAGCGAGGCAGGGAUGUAGCUUGAGACGCAGCUCUUCCUCAGUUAAGGCAUUCGAUGAUGGGGAUUCAUUUGAUUUUUAUUCCGGUGACUUGUUUGCUACUACAUAUGCAAUUUCUUCGAGUGAAGGCGAAGAGAGCGACGGAGAAUACGCGUUGAAUGUGGUUACUGAAACUACUUCACAGAGGCUCGGCAAGUUUCCAAGAGGUCGGAAAAAGCACAGAAUCAGAUAUGGGAUUAAUUUGGGGCUUCUUGCGUUUUUGUCACUGCUGCUUUUGUUUAUGGACUCUUUCGCUUGGAAGAUUGUUAGACUGCCUCUGCCUCCAUAUUUCUUAACCCGGCCUUUCUUCACAUCGGCGGCUUUAUCCACCUUAGCCGGUUAUGUUUUCGUUCCCCUGCUAGAUAGACUGAAAGUGCACGAGCCGAUUAGGAGACUAGGGCUAGUUACACAUAACCGCAGGAAAACAAUCCCGACGAUGGGUGGGUUGUUCUUUGUUCCGGUUGGUGUUGUUGUUGCAAUAGCCUUGACUAACUUUUCGUCCGUCGAAGUUGCUGGAGCAGCAGCUGUGACUUUGGUAUUUGCUGCGAUUGGGCUUGUUGAUGACUCCUUAAGCCUCCGCAACGAUCAAAAUAACGGUUUAUCUGCAAAGAUACAACUGCUAUUGGAGGCAGCGGUUGGGACUUGCUUUGCGUUUUGGUUGGAGAGUGCAAGCAUAUCAUCUCCUUAUGGCAUGAAAUUGUUGGUUCCGUUGCCUUCACCAUUAGGACUCGUUUGCCUGGGAAAGCUUUACUUGUUGUUGACAUCUUUCUACUUCGUUUCCAUGGGAAACUUAGUCAAAGCAACCGAUGGUCUUGAUGGAUUGGCAGGAGGUAUUGCUUGCUUGGCCUUUGUUGCAAUGGCGAUAGCAGUUCUUCCUAUUUGCUCUGAUCUUUCUGUAUUUGGAGCUUCGAUGGCUGGAGCUUGUUUCGGGUUUCUACUUCACAACCGGUACAGAGCAUCUGUGUCCAUGGGAGAUACAGGAUCAUUGGCUCUUGGUGGAGCUUUGGCUGCAAUGGCUGCUUGCUCAGGAAUGUUCUUCCCAUUGUUUAUAUCUUCUGGUGUCUCUGUCUUGGAAGCUUCUUCUGUCAUAGUUCAGGUUGCGUUUUACUCGGUGACCAAGCGUUUAAAGGGAAGAGGGCGUCGUGUUUUCAAGACGGUGCCGUUUCAUCAUCACCUUAGGCUCAGUGGUUUGAAAGAGCCAAUGAUAGUAACAAUGGCAUAUGUUGUUUCCUCUGUGCUCUCUCUUUCAGCAGCUUACGUUGGUCUUAUUUCUGCAUAA